AUGAUAUCAAAGCGCCUCCUUCACCCUUCUCAAUCCUCCUUCUCCAUUCCCACCACUUUUCGCCCCUUUCACUUUUCUUCAACCCCCCAACCUAACAACCCCAAUCCUCCUUAUUCCCUUUCACAAUCCCUUUCUCACUUCCACCGCACUCUCCAACAAUAUCCCAAUUCACCACCCUCUUAUUCAUCCUGCAACACUCUCAUAGACAACCUCCGAAAAACAAAACAAUACCACCUUGUAAUCUCUGUUCAUUCAAAAAUGGUCAGUGUUUCUGUUUUCCCCUGUUUUACUUCUUUAUCUGCUUUGAUUGAAAGUUUUGUCAAUAUCCAGAAACCAGGUUUUGCUCUUGGGGUCUUGAGCUUGAUCAUAAAGCGUGGCUUUCAUGUUAAUGUGUAUAAUAUGAACCUUUUGUUGAAGGGCUUUUGUCAAACAGGUGGUAAUGAUUGUGAUAAGGCUCUGGAUUUGUUUUGUAUGAUGAAAAGGAAUUGUGUUUUGCCUGAUAGUGUUAGUUAUAAUACAGUUAUUAAUGGGCUUUGUAAAGAUAAGAGAUUGGUUGAAGCUAGGGGUUUGUUUGAGGAGAUGAAGAUCGGGGAUUGUAAACCGAAUUUGGUUACGUUUAGUGCUUUGAUUCAUGGGUUUUGUAAGAAUGGGGAUGUUGAGGAGAGUUUUGGAUUGUUGGAGGAAAUGGAGAAGAUGGGUUUGGUAGCUGAUGUUUUUGUGUAUAGUGAUUUGAUUAGCGGGUUUUGUAAUAGAGGUGAUGUUGAGAGGGGAAAGGAACUUUUUAAUGAGAUGUUGAAAAAGAAUGUUAGUCCUAAUGUUGUCACUUAUAGUUGUUUGAUGCAUGCUCUUUGUAAGAAAAAGAGGUGGCAAGAAGCUUCAAAAAUGUUGGAUGAUAUGACGGCUUGUAAAGUUCGUCCUGAUGUUGUUGCGUAUACGAUUUUAGCUGAUGGGCUUUGCAAAAACGGGAGGGCGUCAGAUGCGAUUAAAGUGUUGGAUUUGAUGGUUCAAAAUGGGGAAGAGCCGAAUAAUGUAACAUAUAAUGCUAUCAUAAAUGGACUUUGUAAGGAAGGCCGGGUAGAUGAGGCACUUGGGAUUCUAGAAACUAUGGCGAAGAAGGGGAAGAAACCUGAUGUGGUUACCUACAACACAUUAUUGAAAGGACUGUGUGGUGUUGGAAAAAUUGAUGAGGCAAUGGACCUUUUGAACCUAUUAUUAAGCAAGGAGUUUCAUAUAAAGCCUGAUGUGUUUGCGUUUAAUUUGGUAAUUCAAGGACUUUGCAAAGAACAACGUCUUCAUGAUGCUAAAAGGGUUUAUUCUACAAUGGUUGAAAGAGGGUUCCAAGGUAACAUAGUUACUUAUAAUAGUUUGAUUGACGGUUAUCUUAGUGCUGGAAAGCUUACCAAGGCAUUAGAAUUAUGGAAAUAUGCAGUAGAUUUGGGAUUUUCCUCCAACUCAAUGAUCUAUACCAUCUUGAUUAAUGGUCUUUGCAAAAUGCAAAUGCUAAGUAUUGCAAAAGGACUUUUCAAUAAAAAAAGAGCUUCUGGAACUAGACCGACAGUAAGUGAAUACAAUACACUAAUGGCAUCUUUAUGCAAAGAAAGUAGUUUGGAGCAGGCUAGGUUUUUAUUUCAAGAAAUGAGAAAUGUGAAUCAUGAUCUUGAUGUUGUCUCAUUUAAUAUAAUAAUUGAUGGAACCCUUAAAGCGGGAGAUGUUAAAUCUGCCAAGGAAUUGCUAUUAGAGAUGCUUAACAUGGAUAUGGUCCCAGACUAUAUUACAUUUUCUACGUUAAUAAACAGGUUCUUAAAACUCGGGAAGUUGGAGGAGGCCACAUCGCUUUACGACAGAAUGGUCUCCUGUGGUCAUGUACCAGAUGCUGUGCUAUUUGAUUCUUUGCUAAAGGGCUAUAGUAUAAAGGGGAAGACCGAAAAGGUUAUUUCCAUGCUUCAAGAAAUGGCAGAUAAAGAUGUUGUUCUGGACUCGAAAUUAACUUCUACCAUCUUAGCUUGCCUUUGUAACAUCCCAAAAGAUAUUGAUAUAAAGAAGAUACUUCCAAAAUUUUCACAACAUUCAUCCUUAGGAGCUAGUGUCAAAUGUAAUGAACUUUUGAUGAAACUGAAUAAGAUUCAUCCAGAGCUUCAGUUAUUUCUUGCAUGA